AUGGAUAUCAGCCACGGGUAUGUGGAUGCAGCCGGCCGCGAACGCCGAGUCGGUGGGAAAGACCUGACCGCUACUGGUAUCUACCCUGGCACUUUCGCUUUCAAGGUUGCCGAUCAAUUGGACAAGCACUUCAAGACUAUGAAGCCGAAGCCCGCUGUCGAUGAGGAGAAUAUGCUAUUAUAUGAUGAUUCGGAUGGUGACAGCUCUGAUUCGGGCCUCGAGAACUUGGUCGGCAAAUAG